AUGAGUUCUGCGUCGGGGCUGGUUUCCGUGGACUAUGAGGUGUUCGGUGAUGUGCAAGGCCACAAGUCUGCAGCGCUGACCUGCCCCCUGGAGGUGGUGUUCCAGCUCUUGGGUUCCCUGAACGUUUGGGUCCGGCAGAGAAGAUGUGGCGGGCCGGCCCAGACGAAGGCGGCCACGGCGACCGAAGAGAUCAAGUCCCCCUUCCUGGAGUUUGGGGGAGGGGGUGGGCGUGACAGGAAGCGGCGUUUUGAGACGGAUUCGCGGGAGACGUUCCUCCGAGGCCCCCGGAAGGACUGGCUGAGAAGGAUAGGAAGCCCGAUGUCCCGCAUCGACAAGGCCACCUUCAGCAACGAGCGGGAGAUCCCGGCUCUCGAGUUCAAAUCCUUCACCACCAAGUACUGA